UUCGUGCAUGCUUGUUUGGGACCUUUCACCUCAAGUAAGUCAUGUCAUGGGAUGGAUGGCGGAAACACUACCAAACCAGCUGACACAUAAACAGGCUAUAGCUAGCUAGCACGACUGCACGUACGGGCGUCUUCAUAUCACAUGCGACACAUAUAUAUCGACACACAUACACGACACGACACGGCCACCACUUACCUCCCCUCCAACCAACCCAGCAGCCCACUACCAAAACGGAGCAUGCACACACACAGAGAAUUCAACACGCACACGGAUGCAUCCGGCCAGGUAGGUAUGAUGUUUGCACACACAUAAACGGCACAAGACUGCCACCUCAAACGCUACAAAACUGAUGUAGAUAGACCGCCAGCAACACACAAACUUAAACGCAGAAACUGACAGCAUGUGGCUGGUUGGCUUGCCGGGUCUCAUACUUGUGUGAAGCAACUCCUAUAUUUCUCUCCUGAGCACGACGGACAGGCAAUCAAGCGUUGUUCAUUUCUUAUUCAGUGCUGCCAUGCCGAAUGACUCACCAGCGUAUUUCGCCCUGUCGCCCAACUCCUCCUCGAUGCGCGUCAGCUGGUUGUACUUGGCCGUUCGCUCACUGCGGCAUGGGGCGCCCGCCUUGAUCUGGCCGCUGCCGAGUCCGGUGGCAAGGUCGGCGAUGUAAGUGUCCUCCGUCUCACCAGAGCGAUGCGACACCUUUGGGCCCAAACACAACACAAUUGGACGUCUCACAUGCACCGCAACGUAUGCAUCCUGUUCUCCCUUUCCUCACCAUGACGUUCCAUCCGAGCUUCUGGGCGGCGAGGGAAGCCUCCAGCGCCUCCGUGACGGUGCCGAUCUGAUUGACUUUGAGGAGCAGGGCGUUGCAGGCCUUGAGGUCGCCCGCCUUGGCCACACGAGUCGGGUUGGUCACAAGCAAGUCGUCACCUGAAAAUAAGGAGCAUGUGUGGGGCACGGGGGUGCGCUCGAGAGCGCCAGGACGAUCUUUCUCGCUCACCGACGAUCUGUAUCUUGUCUCCCAGCUUCUCCAUGAUCGAGGAAUAUGCUGCCCAAUCAUCUUGCUCGUACGGGUCUUCAAUUGAGGUGAUGGGAUACUUGUUGGUGAGUGACCUGCACAGUCACGUAGCGACAUUUCUUCUUCUCCUCCACUCGCCCAUUGGCUGUCUGCCUGGCUGACCGAUAAAUGUCCCCCAGCUCCUCGGCAGUAAUGAUGUCUGAUGGUGAUGCGCUCUCGCUCUUGAAAUUCAUGUUAUACUGCGACAGCCGACACAAGCAUGGGUGGGCGCAUCGAGGUCUGAACCUGAGCACGUGUGGUGCGUACCGUACCUUGCCAUCGUCCGUAUACAUCUCUGACGCCGCGACGUCCAUUGCGAUGUUGACCUUGCCCGCAUGGCCCGCCUCCUGGAUGGCAUCCAUCAGCAGGCCCACACUCUCGUCCGCAUCCUACGCAAACACACACAACGGUGUGCAGCAGCUACAUUUGAAAAUGGACUCUCUCUUCGCCCCUCGUCCUGUCCUUCCCUACCCUAGUGGGUGGCGCAAAGCCGCCCUCAUCACCGACAUUUGUUGCGUCCUAUAUUGAAGACAGCAGAGACAGCAACAGCAAAUGUCGGUGACAAAUGUCGGUGUCUUCAUGUAGACAGACAGGGCGCGCGUCCAUUCGCAUGUUUCUUCGCAUGUCUGCAAACCAGUCCAUAUUUCUUCUUGAUGAUGCCUUUGAGGGUUUGGUAGAUCUCACUGGCCAUCCGCACACUCUCUGAGAAGGAUGACGCGCCCGAGGGCAGCACCAUGAACUCCUGAAAGGCCAGCGUGUUGCCCGCGUGAGAGCCGCCGUUAAUGACAUUCAUAAAAGGGACGGGCAGAACGUACGGAGACUCCAAGUCAGUCCGACCUGCACAUAGAUGCGGGCGCCCAGGCAAUGAGUCGAUUGAUUGCAUAAAUGUCUUCAUCCACCUCUCAGCGUACCUACCUGUGAGUGACCGAAUGUAGGCAUAGAGGGGCAGCCCCUUGGCAGCCGCGCCAGCACGUGACAGCGCCAUGGAUACGCCCAAUAUCGCAUUGGCGCCGAGCUUUCCUUUCGUCCACCCCCACUCGUUCUUGCUGCCGUCCAGCUCUUCUGUCAUCAGCUUGUCCAGCUCUCGUUGCUCGGUGGCAUCCUUUCCCGUCAGAGCUGGCUUGAUGGUCUCGUGGACAUUCCUGACAGCGGUGAGGCAGCCCUUGCCUUUGUAUCGGCUCUUGUCGGCGUCGCGCAGCUCAUUCGCCUCAUAAAUUCCCGUGCUGGCACCCGAUGGCACGACUGAACGAACAGCACACACGCACACACAAACGGAAGAAACACGCGAUUCCAUGCGCACACAUGUGGGUGAGCGCUUGGGAUCCUCACUGCUGCGGAAGAGGCCCAUCUCUGUCAUGAGAUCAACCUCAACGGUAGGGUUGCCUCGCGAGUCAAGCACCUCCCUACAAUAAUGGAUGGCAUCAGAGAAAUGAGCUGUACUGUUGUGCCUUGUGUGUGACUCACCUUGCGCGAAUGUUCAGGAUCUUCGCUGACAUCUCCAUGGGCAUCUUUGAUGGCCUUCCGCUGCGUCGGCCAAGUAAUGAUGAGUCACCGUGCCGCCUCAGCAGACGUGCAUGAUUCUGAAACACCGUCCUCGAGGUGGCCGCGCCAGCUGCCACGAUGGACACCACAUAUGCGAUAGGAAACAGAUGCG